GAUUUUCUUUCCCUCCUCCUCCUCCUCCCCCUCGAACACAGCAGCAGCCCACCCAUCCACCCCAUCAACAGUGGAACCAUCGUGGCUCUGGAGCUCGAGGACGUGGUCGGGGACAUGGAAAUCGAGGUCGCGCCAAAUUAUGGCUAUCCUGCACCGGUGUCUACGUCGUACAUCCCCCCAUACUCUCAACCCAACUUUCAACAUCCUCCAGCUCAUAAUCCCUACCCUCCUCAGACAUUUCAGUCCGCUGGUUCGGCUCCUUUCCCGCAACUACAAGGGUUCACCGCUCCUUACUCUACGCCUGGCACAUCUAUAUACCCACCCACAAAUCAACAUGCGCCUAAUCCCCCAGCCAUGAUGAGCCCCAUUCAUUGGGGUGCUGAGGUUCCUGCUGCACCCGGUCAAUAUACAGGAGGACCACCACGAAUGCGCGGACGAGGAGGACACGGACAGCGAGGAUCCGGGCAGUAUCAGCAUGGGAAAAAAGGCAACAACAAACGAGACCACGGCGCUGCUUUUAAACCUCGCUCGACCGUCCCUCGAACCCCGGCAGCGCCAGCUGUCCCCAGCUUUGGCAAUCCUCUUCCAUGCAAACCACCACCGGCAGAAGAUGUCAGCAAGCCUAAGAAGCGCCAGAGGAAGUACAAUCAGCUGGGAUUGACGCCGAAUGCCGAAGAGCAUGAGUCCAGUGAGGAAGAGAUGGAUGAUGAGUCCGCAGCUGUGGGUUUCUCUAACGAUUCAGGUCUACUACAGUUCAGACAUCAUGGGCGGGUCCAGACCCUUCAAUCUUCAUCCGACAUUGCUGCGUGGAUUGCGGAGCGCAAAAAGAGGUACCCUACGCAAGCUCGAAUCGACGAGAAGAAUGAGGAGAUUGAAAAAGCUCGAGUUGCUAAGGAGCUUGCGAAGGUGGAGAGGUUAGCGACAAAGAAAAAGCAGAAGCUAGAGGAGUCUACACAGAUUGAACCAGCGACGGAGGGAGAAGACCCAGCGGUUGAGGCUGUAAAAGCCCAGAAAAGAGCCGAUAAGAAGGCUGACAAAAUGCGACGUGAUCUGGACCACUUCGCGAAAGCAGAGGCGAAAGCGGAAGCCGCGCUACUCAAAUUGGAAAAGCUUCGAAAGAAGCUGGGACUGGAUCAAGAUCCGCCUCUCCACAAUGGUGCUGGUGCUGGUGCUGGUGCUAGUGUUGGUACUUCUGUCGAAUCUCAGCCCACAUUGUCGACAUCGCCUGAUGUCACUGAUGUGGUGGAGCCGGUGGUUACUGAACCCACGGAACUACUGGAUAUCAAUGCUGAUUCCGCGACUCUUUCAUUGGACCAUUUAGCAGAAGCUAACGAUGGAUCAGUCAGCGAUUGGACAUCAUCUAGCGGCUCUGACUGUGACCCGUCUGACUCGGAUUCGGAUUCGGAGGCGAGCUCCGAUGAAGAGCCGGAGCAAAUAAGUUCACGCCAGCGGGGACCAGAGAAGAUUAUUCUUCCUGCUCGAAAGAAGAUCGCUUGUCGCAAUUUUGCAAGUGGUAAAUGCAACCGUGGAUCCGAGUGUAAAUUCUCCCACGACGUGCCCCGUAAAGCUAAAGCCAAAGGCAAAGGCAAAGAGGAGAAGAGGGGUCGCAAGGGACUAUAUGCAGCUCUAUUGGAUCGACAAAAGGAAGAAUACGACCAACGGGCAAUGGAAGUGAUUAUGAGGCUUGGGGAAAGUGGCCUAUUGGACAAGACAGCCCCGCAAUCGCAAACCCCUGCUUAA